UGUGAGCUUCCUAUAUCUCGUGGUUCCCGCAUACAAAAUUGCUGCACAUUUUACAGAACACUUUUUCUGUCUACAUUUUACUUGUGACUCAUCCCAGCUACCACUCCUUUCGGUACGAAACAAGUAAGGGAAAUAGGGAAGGGAACACGCCCAGAUGUCCAUUUCUUCUACCAGAGCCCGCGCGUAUCGGACGUCACGGGACGCGCCCCGCCCCACCUGUUGGCAACCGAAAGCGUCCUUAGCAGCAGUGGCUGCUGAGAUGUGCGAACUUCCGGUUCUCCUAUCAGCUGCUGCCGCUACCUCCUCUACCACUUGCUACCGCUGGGCCUUUGCCCGGGAUUUGGUCGCUUCUUUCUAGUCCUUCCCCUGCGCCCAUGCUCCCUCCUGGAGCCAGGGCGGCGGGCCCGGCCCUCUCGCGUGCUGAGAGGGCAGUCCGGGGACGAUGAAGGCCCUGCACUGCUGCUGCUUCAGCCGUCUCCUGGUCCCCGCCUUCCUGCUGCUGCUGCUGCUGCUGCCAGCGCUGAGCGGGUCCAUGGCGGUGCUGUUGCUGGCGGCCGAGGCCGCGCCGGGCCCAGGGCCACCGAACUCCGGGCUGCAGAGCCUACCGCCGCUGCCGCCGGGCUCCACCGCCGCCCAGCCGCCGGGCCGAGUUCCGAACGAGGCCACGGGGCCGCGGGGUGCCGAGGGCGGCAAUGGUAGCACCCCCCGGGCCGGGCUUGUGGCAGAGGGCCACGAAGAGAAGGCUGGAGAAGGAGGCGCAGUGGGCGGCGGCCUCGCUGUGAGCCCCAACCCUGGCGACAAGCCCAUGACCCAGCGGGCCCUGACGGUGUUGAUGGUGGUUAGCGGCGCGGUACUCGUGUAUUUCGUCGUCAGGACGGUCAGGAUGAGAAGAAGAAAUCGAAAGACAAGGAGAUACGGAGUUUUGGAUACUAACAUAGAAAACAUGGAAUUGACACCUUUAGAACAAGAUGAUGAGGAUGAUGAUAACACAUUGUUUGAUGCCAACCAUCCUCGAAGAUAAGAAUGUGCCUUUUGAUGAGAGGACUUCAUCUUUCUACAGUGAAGGGCGAAGUUUCUGUUUAAGGAAUAAGAAGCCACUAUAUCAAUGGGGGAGGGAGGGUAUUUAAGUUACAUACACUAUGAUAGUCAUUAAUUUGUUGUUACAAUAAGUACUGUUUCGCUUUGUUUUAUCUUCAUAUGUAUAGAAGAGCUCUAAUGGCUCAGAGCUGUUGGGGAUAAGCUGUCUUAGAAAUCUUUUUAAAAAUUACUUAUAAAACAGGGUGUUUUCUCAUUAGCUUUUGUUUCUUCCUUCUCAUAGUGUUGUAAACUUUUCUUUUAUGUACUAAUGAGUUGAUGUUAAUUAUAUUUUGUUGGUGUCAUUAUUUAAAGAACUAGAAAUUUCAACAAUCCACUGGUGUAUAAAAAUUUGAUUUUUCUUUUACCAAGCUGUAUUUCCCAUUUUUGGGAGUUGGGGGGAAGCCAAAUUUAUUACUUUGUGUUUGGAUUUUUUAAAUAUUAAUAAAGGAGUUAUUGUAUCCACAACAAUAUGAUUUAAAAUUCUUUUAAAGUGGUAGAGAUAGAAUUUAUUUAUAAAAUAAACCUAAAGACUAUAGAAUUAUUAUAUCAAUAUGUGUAUUUCACAUAAUUUCUAGAGAAAUUUGUUUAAAAAAGCAUUUUUGUAUUUUAGUAACUUCCAUGUUAGCUUAAGAUAUUUACUUUGAUUGGAUAUCUCAGAAACUAGUGAAUUUCAAAGCCAUUUUAUUUGUUUGAGUAUAGUGAGAUUUAGAAAUAAUGGAAAAAUGCCCCUAAAAAUUAAAAUACUUAGUUAUAAGUCUAACCAAGGAUGUAAAAUACCUUUACAAGGAAAAGUACAAAAUACUGCUGCAAGAAACCAAAAGAGAUCUACGUAAAUGGAAAAACAUACUAUGCUCAUGGAU